CUAAAUCAUCGAAAUUCCAUUCCUAAUAUAUGUUGUUUAUCGUUAGUAAUAAUUUUACGGAAUUUACAAAUCCAUUCUUUCUACCGAUACUAUUACUAUUAGUCUAUUACUAAACAUUUUUUAGAAUUUAAUAUUUCCGAAAAAAUAACAACAUAUGCAUAUCUUUUGAUUUUCAUCGGCAUCAAGUAUAAAAUGGGUCCAUUUUAGUACAUAUUUAUCGGAAUUUGGACUAUCAAUAUAAGCAAAUCAUGUAAAUUUGAAAGUUAUUAUAAAUUCACUUUUUAAGGGCAGAUUUACAAAGAUUUUGUAAUUGUACACCCUCUUUAAAAAUAUAGUUGACGCAUUCACCUUUUUUUUCAUCUCUUUUUUUUCCUUUUCUUUUUUCGUCCUUCGUUUAAAUAGAAUAUUAAAAUAAAAGCCAUGACUUGUUUAACAUUUAAUAUAAUAAUUUAUUAUUUAUUAUAUAUCUUUAGUUUGAGUUAUGUUGAGUCGUUCACUCCUGCAGCACGUGCAGUACAUUCUUCUGUUUUUAUAGAGAGUAAUAAUAGACUUUACUUUCUUGGCGGAGAAAUAAAUGGUAAUAUACCGGUUAAUGAGGUUUUUUAUCUAGAUGUAUCUAAAAAUUUUGAUACUGUAUCUCCACCAUGGACCGAUCUUACGCCAGCUGCAGCGAUUCCUUUUCGAAGUUCAUGGGCAGGAGUUUCAGAUAUAAGCAUUAAUGGUGAUUCAAUAAUAAGUCUAUUUGGCGGUUAUAUGCUUGAUAAUAAUAUAGAUCAAGAUUCCUUCACAUCAAAUUUAUAUACAUUUAAUGUCACAUCUCAACAAUGGAGUAUACCUCAAAUUCAAGGAAACUCACCUAAAAGACGAAGAAAUAUGAAAUCUGUUAUCGAUGAUUCGGGAAUUAUAUAUAUAUUUGGUGGUUAUUUCGUUGUACCUACAACACCACAAGAAAUUAUGUUUAAUGAUAUGAUUAAAAUCGAUAUAAAUACUUUUUCUUUAUCAUUCGGUUCAACACAAAAUGGUCCUACUCGACGUUGUGCUUAUACCGCAACUUUAUUACCGAAGGGUAUUAUUGUAUAUAUUGGAGGGUAUGAAGAGGAUGGUAAUUCUAUAGUAGAUAUUAAUGAGGUUUUUCUUUAUAAUACAAAACUUGAUGCUUGGUCUUUGAUGAAUGCAAAUAAUAUAAAUUCAAUUGAAUCUCGUUAUUUACAUAGUGCUGUAUUAGCGCCUGAUGGUAAGAUAAUAGUUUACGGUGGAUUGAAAGAUGCGUUAGGGGAAGAAACUAUGAAAGUUGUACCAGAUUUGGCAGUUUUAGAUACAAAUACUUUUCCUUUUGAAUGGAAUGUACCACAAGUAACAUCAAAUGUUGGUAGUAUACCUUCGCUUGCAUGUCAUUCAGCUGAUAUAGUUGGAGAUAAUAUGAUUGUAGCAUUUGGAAAUAUUACACGGUCUAAUGCUCCUUCUGUUGAACUUAAUCCUAAAAUUUAUUUACUGAAUGUAAUGAAUUAUACUUGGGUUAAUACAUUUGAUCCUAAGCAACAAUCAACAGAUAAUAAUAUUGAUACAACACAACAGGAUAAAAUUGCCAAAAUUAAAACUGAAAUUGGAAUAAUAUGUGGAGUUAUAGGUUCGGUAGUAAUAAUUGUAAUAAUAUUCUUUAUUAAUAAAUGGAAGAAAAGAGAUAAGGUAACUCUUAGAAUCCCCGGUGAGGAAACUCUUAGAAUUCCUAGUGAAAAACGGUUAUAAUAUGCGUAUAACAACACAAUCUUCGGAUCGUAAAAAUUUUUUAAAAAAAAGACUUUUUUUAAUAACAUUUUUAUAUAUUUUCAUAAAAGCAAUCUUAUUUAAACUAGAAAAAUUAUAUAUAUAUAUUUUCAAUAAAACAAGAAACUAAUUAUGCUUGUACAAUUUUAUCAACAUAAUAAGCAAGAGACUCAAUUGUAUCUCUUUUGAAUUUAUUUAAUCGUCAAUUAACUGUAUAUGUAAGAUGAAAGAUAUUAUCGAAAGAGUUAUGCCUUCCGAUUACAUUCUUUGAAAUCGUCGAUUAUUAUUAUAUCAGCCCUGAAACAAAAAUUUCUAAUACAUAAUCAUAUUGGUGGUCGAGAAUCGCAAAUUACUGUAAUGUAUACCCUAUAAAAACGAAAUGAGUUAAAUUUGUUUAAUAUUUGUGCUCAUGUGUAAUAAAUGUCUAAAAAAGCACCAUUUUGUUUAAUUUUUGUUUUUUUUUGUAAUAAG